AUGUCUCCUAUCUUCAUCUGCCAGCGCUGCAGCCAGCCGCUGAAACUGAGAGAGCCCCUGGAGACGCUGGCCUCAACACAGGGGGAGCAAGGAGAGAGCCAGGAGGCCGGCACCUCCUCCGAAAAGAUGAGAGGGAGUGAAAAACUACAGGUGGGUGCCUCCAGAGGAGCCCUUCCCCAAGACAGCAACACCUUGGAGGACAGCGGCUGCUUCACCUUGCUUGGGGACGUUUGCUCCGUGGGAACCUUGAGUAGCCUCCAAGAGGCCACCGCGCAGAUUUUUGACAUCCUCUCCGGGCAGAAAGAUGUGGAGCAUCCACUGUGUGAGGAGUGUACCGACAACCUCCUGGAGCAGCUGGACUCCCAGCUCACCCUCGUCGAACUUGACACUCAAAACUACAAACGCUGCCUGGAGUCCGGGGAGCUGCAGGUGGAGCCUGAGACCGAGUCGCUGCAGGCGGAGCUGCGGGCCCUGGAACUGGAGGAGGCCCGGCUGGCCCGAGAGCUGGAGGACUUGGACAAGGGCUGUGCAAGGGUAGCAGCGGCUCUCCAGGAGGCCGAGGCGGAGACACAGGAGCUGGAGCAGCGGGAGAGGCAGUCCCACAGGGAGUACAGUGCGCUGAAGUGGCAGCAGCUGGAGCUGUGUGACCAGCUGGGGAGCGUGGAGAAUCAGCUGCGGUACGCCCAGGCGCAGCUGCACUGGCUGAAUAAAACCAGCGUCUUCCAAGUCACGUUUGAAAUCCGGGAGGAGGGCUCCGUGGGCAUCAUCAACAACCUCCGCUUGGGCUGCCUCCCCAGCAGCCCUGUGGACUGGAACGAGAUCAACGCUGCCUGGGGACAGGUGGCCUUGUUGCUGCUCGCCCUGUCCAACACAAUUGGCCUGGAGUUCCAGAGGUACCAGCUCAUCCCUUGCGCAGACCACUCCUAUCUGAAGCCUUUGACAGGUAAUUCGACUCUGCUGCCCUUGUUCUCUGAUGGGAGCCAGAAUGUUUUCCUGAGCAACAAGUUCGACCGCGCCAUGAUUGCCUUCCUGGACUGCUUGCAGCAGUUCAAGGAAAAGGCGGAGAAAGGGAAGCAGGGCCUCCGGCUGCCCUACAGGAUCCGAGUAGAGGGAGGCCUGCUGGAGGACUCCGCAGGCCGUGGGGAAUGCUGUGCCCUCAGGAGCCAUCUGAACACCAGGGAGCAGUGGACACGGGCGCUCAAAUUCAUGCUUGUCAACUUGAGUAGCCUUGCUUGGGCCUCCUUAAGAUAUCGUAAAAGUUAA